CUGUCUGCUGCCGGAGGGUGACGUCACCACCUGCAGUGCACGCUGUAGAGUUGGGGCUGCCCAAAACUGGUUCUCAUUAAGAGAUAUAUCAUACUUCAUUGACAAUGGGGAUUCUCGAAAAGAUAGCUGAGAUAGAGAGAGAAAUCUCUCGAACACAGAAGAAUAAAGCCACUGAGUAUCAUCUGGGUUUAUUGAAAGCCAAGCUAGCCAAGUACAGAGCCCAGCUUUUAGAGCCCUCAAAGUCAGCUGGAGCAAAAGGUGAAGGCUUUGAUGUCAUGAAAUCUGGUGAUGCGAGAGUAGCUCUCAUUGGAUUUCCCUCUGUUGGAAAGUCUACUUUUCUUAGUUUAAUGACAAAAACAGAAAGUGAAGCGGCUUCAUAUGAAUUCACAACGUUGACCUGCAUCCCAGGUGUCAUUGAGCACAAAGGUGCCAACAUACAGCUGCUGGAUUUGCCUGGUAUCAUUGAGGGUGCUGCACAAGGUAAGGGCAGAGGCAGACAGGUCAUUGCUGUGGCCAGAACUGCAGAUGUGGUCAUCAUGAUGCUGGAUGCAACCAAAGGAGAUGUUCAGAGGGAACUUUUGGAAAAAGAGCUUGAAUCUGUUGGUAUCAGACUCAACCGGUCCAAACCAAAUAUCUAUUUUAAGCCUAAAAAAGGUGGUGGACUGUCGUACAAUUCAACGGUUCCGCUCACACAUUGCUCCGAGAAACUCGUUCAGCUCAUUCUUCAUGAGUACAAAAUCUUCAAUGCUGAGGUGUUGUUUAGAGAGGACAGCACCCCAGAUGAUUUUAUUGAUGUCAUUGUGGGCAACAGAGUGUACAUGCCUUGCUUAUAUGUUUACAACAAAGUGGACCAGAUCUCAAUAGAGGAAGUAGAUCGUCUUGCUCAUAGACCUCACAGUGUAGUCAUCAGCUGUGGCAUGAAACUGAAUCUAGAUUACCUCCUUGAGCAGUUAUGGGAAUACCUGGCUCUGAUCUGCAUAUAUACCAAGAAGAGAGGAGAAAGACCAGAUUUCGGUGACCCUAUAAUCAUGAGACGAGGAGCUUCAGUUGAACAUGUGUGCCACAGAAUCCACAGGACAUUAGCAAGUCAGUUCAAGUACGCACUUGUCUGGGGAACAAGCACAAAGUACAGUCCUCAGAGAGUAGGACUUACACACAUCAUGGAACACGAGGAUGUCAUUCAGAUUGUGAAGAAAUAAAAUCUAGUCGUCACCUCAACUACUGGGUCGGCAACCUAUGGCACGUGUGCCAGCAUUGGCAUGCGGAGGGGUAAUCACUGGCACGACAACAACUGCGAGAGAGGAGUAAACUUGUGUUGUGUUUUUUUUUUUUUUUUUUUUAUUCAUACGAAAUUACGCACCUACAUUCCAAUCUACUUCAUGAUCACGCAGCGUGUUUUCAUGAGCUGUAUGGGAGGCUUAACAAUAAGAUAAAUUGUGACGAGAAUGCACGAGUCUGUUGGGUAUACUGCAGCGCGUGUAAUCCAUCCUUUGCUGCCGUCAGGCUGCGUGAAUGGCAGCCUAUAUUCAGUGUUUCAUUUGUUUCUUUUUGCUUUCAGAACAACACGUGAUGUAAUAAGGAAAACACCACUAUUAAUCUUUGAGAUUUGCAACCCACCUUAAACUAUGGUCACACUCAAAAUGACACUAAAAGAUUAAUAGAAAACAUAAACCCACAUGGUCGGGUUCAAAAAUCGGAGUCAUUCAAAAUAUAUAUUAAACCUGGAAAUCAAAAUGUUGCAGGUGCGAUUCACCGAAAAGGGCUAUAUAAUGUAGUUGAUCGGCUUCUGUUGCACGAAUGGCUUGCUCCUGCAGUGCGAGUCUCAUCACACAGUGUUUAUCCUCCCAUUCGUCUGAUGAAAACAUGCUGCAUGAUCAUGAGGAACGAUUACAUCAGGAUGUGGAUUGGAAUGCAGGUGCAAAAAACUUCAUAUAAAUAAGAUCUCUCUCGCUGUUGCCUGCAUGCAAGUGAUAACAUUGAUUAUAAUGACAUAAUAUAAGAAAUAUUUAAGAUUCCGCACACUUUCGUGUUCAGUAAUCAAAUAAGCAAAUUUGUGACAUUACGUUAACUCAUUUUGUACAAAAGGACAGGUUUUCUUUCAUUAAAGCACUUUGACAAGAUUCUGUGAAAAUUCACAUGCAUGAUUUUUCACAUGCCGGUUUUGCACAAAUGUUUCACUCAAACUGUUAACUGUUUUUUCUGUUAACAUCUACAACUUUUGCAAGACUUGAUGGAAAAAUCUUGUGCUCAAGACUUAAAUAGAAAUUGUUUAUUUUCUUUAUGGAAUAUCAUCUACCUUACAAAACCCAUUAAAAUAAAUAAUAUUUAGACCAUUGUUUUAUUUUUGACAUUUAUUAUAUGACAAAAAACAUACUCUGCUCUCUUAAUUUAUUGGUAAUUACAAUUAAUCUAAUUGCAUAUUU